UCCUGGGCCUUGUAGCGCUAGAAUGGGGACUCUGGACACGGCCAAGCAGCCAAACUGGGAGCACCAGGGCGACAGCAAUAGCAGCACUAGCACUAGCACUAGCAGCAGCAUAGACAUGAGCGUCAAGACUAGUUUGAGUAGCAGCACAGUCACUGGGGGGAGCAGCAGCACCGAUAACAGUGGCAAGAUCAGCGAUGGCACCAGCAGCGAUGUCAAGUGUAGCGGUGGGAAGAUCAGUGGUCGAGGAGGAGGAGGAGGGGGCGCUCUCGCUGAGAGCGCCAAGAGCAGCCUUAGCCGGGGAAGCAAUAGCAGCGAUGUGAGCGACGAGAGUAGCUGUAGCAGCUUUAGCAGCAGCGCCAAUAAGCCCCACAAGGCCAACGACAAGAGAUGGGAGGCGAUCCAGUCGGUGAGAAUGCGGGAUGGGAGCUUGGGUCUCAGCCACUUCCGGCUCUUGAAGAGGCUCGGGUGUGGAGAUAUCGGCAGCGUCUACUUGGCAGAGCUGCGGAGCACAAGCUGCCACUUUGCGAUGAAGGUGAUGGACAAAGCGUCGCUGGCGAGCCGGAAGAAGCUGCUCAGGGCCCAGACCGAGAAGGAGAUCUUACAGUCGCUAGAUCAUCCCUUCCUCCCCACGCUCUAUACCCAUUUCGAGACGGACAAGUUCUCGUGCCUGGUGAUGGAGUUUUGCAUGGGUGGUGAUCUUCACACACUGAGGCAGCGGCAACCGGGCAAGCAUUUCACCGAGCAAGCUGCUAAGUUCUAUGCGUCCGAGGUGCUCUUGUCGCUCGAGUACCUCCACAUGUUGGGCGUCGUCUACAGAGAUCUCAAGCCGGAGAAUGUGCUCGUGAGAGAGGACGGGCACAUCAUGCUGUCCGACUUCGACUUGUCACUCCGGUGUGUCGUGAGCCCGACGCUGGUGAAGUCGUCCAUGGAUGGAGAUAAACGGGGGCCGGCCUACUGCAUACAACCGGCGUGCGUGCAGCCAUCGUGCAUCCAACCGGCAUGCGUCGUGCAACCAUCGUGCUUGCUCCCGCGGUUCCUCUCCAAGGCCAAGUCGAAGAAGAGCCGGAAGCCCAGGAACGACGUCGGCAACCAGGUGUCUCCACUCCCGGAGCUGGUCGCAGAGCCAACAGGAGCCAGGUCCAUGUCCUUCGUCGGGACUCACGAGUACCUGGCCCCCGAGAUCAUCAAGGGCGAAGGCCACGGCAGUGCCGUGGACUGGUGGACGUUCGGCAUCUUCCUCUACGAGCUCCUCCACGGCAAGACGCCGUUCAAAGGCUCGGGCAACCGGGCCACGCUCUUCAACGUGGUCGGCCAGCCGCUCAAGUUCCCGGAGACGUCCCACGUCAGCUUCGCGGCGAGGGACUUGAUCCGCGGGCUGCUCGUCAAGGACCCGCAGCACCGGCUGGCGUCCAAGCGCGGCGCCACCGAGAUCAAGCAGCACCCCUUCUUCGAAGGCGUCAACUGGGCUCUCAUACGGUCGACUGUACCGCCGGAGAUCCCCAAGCCGUUUGAGCCAGAGCCGGUGCUUCCGAGCAGGGUAGCACCACCGCCGCCACCUCCGCCGCCGCUGAGCUCUACUACCACGCAACACUCGCUGGAGAAGAGGCCGGUGACUCCGGCCAGUGCUCCUCCAGCGGCAACUCCUGUUGGUGGCGAGGCAAACGGGUCAGGCUCAUAUCUGGACUUCGAUUUCUUUUGAGCAUUUGGAGCGGGUAGUGGCUGAGCGAGCAGCAGCAGCAGCAGUGGCGGCAGUAGCACAGCAAAUGUGUGGGUGUGGAGGGACUGGCGGAUAUCGACACGGGGCAGGACAAAAAGGAGCUACAGGGAAGGAAAUGCGUUUCUUCUUUCGGUACUUACAAACCUUUCCAGCUAUGGAGGACUGGAGGACAGUGAGAAGACGAAGAAGAAGGAGAAGAAGAAGAAGAAAGAAGGAGAAGAAAACGAAAGGGGGAGAAGGAAGAACUUCAUUGUCGGGGGAUUGGAACAAAUUUUCGACAAGCGAUCUUCAACAGCAACAAAACAAAAGCAGCAGCAAUUCAGAGGCCGGAGGACUUACCCAACAAGGAAAGCAGAGGGAAAGAACAAAACGGAGAGGAGAGAAAAACUCGAGAUCAACAAUUUCUGGGGAAGAAUUGGAAUUUGACAGGUGAGGAGAAGUAGUCACUGUAGCUAUCCUUUGUGUUCUUUUAAUACUAGCCACUCUUGUAUUGAAAUA